AUGUUGGCUAGCCUUCGCAGCGUCUCCCGGCGGGCCCUUAAGUCCUCCACCCACACCCCACGUCUCUUACAUCCCACCACUGCUAUCGCUCUUCGUAAACUCAAUGCAUCUUUUGCAACAUCGGCUAGUGAUUCGCCCUCCCUCGCAUUGUCAACACGUUCUACAGUUAUUCAACUUUUAAACAAUAUCGGGUCCAAGCGUGAGGUCGAGCAAUACCUCUCUCACUUCACAUCUGUUCAGUCCCAGCAGUUCGCCGUUAUUAAGGUCGGUGGUGCCAUCAUUACCGAGCACCUUGAUUCACUCGCAUCAUCCCUUUCCUUCUUGAAUCAUGUUGGGCUUUUCCCUGUCGUUGUUCACGGCGCUGGUCCACAGUUGAAUAAGAUGCUCGAGGAUGCUGGUGUGGAACCUCAGUUCGAAGAUGGGAUUCGUGUGACAGAUGGAAAAACACUCGCUCUCGCUCGUCAGCUAUUUUUGAAAGAGAAUCUAAAGCUUGUAGAGGCUUUAGAGAAGUUGGGUGUUAGGGCAAGGCCUAUCACUGGCGGUGUAUUCCAGGCUGAAUAUCUCGACAAAGAAAAGUAUGACCUCGUUGGCAAGAUUACAAAGGUCGACAAGCGUCCCAUCGAGGCUGCCAUCGAGGCUGGAUGUCUUCCUAUUCUUACUUCGACUGCUGAAACCGUCGAGGGCCAGCUUCUAAACGUCAAUGCUGAUAUCGCGGCUGGUGAGCUCGCCCGCGAACUGCAGCCAUUGAAGAUUGUUUAUUUGUCUGAAAAGGGUGGUUUAUUCCACGGAGAGACAAAUGAAAAGAUCUCAACCAUCAAUUUGGACGAGGAAUACGACGAUUUUAUGAGUCAGUCGUGGUGCAAGUACGGCACCAGGCUGAAGAUCAAAGAGAUUAAGACCUUAUUGGACGAUCUGCCAAGAAGCUCCAGUGUUGCCAUCAUUGCAACUGCGGAUCUUCAGAAGGAAUUAUUCACGGACACCGGUGCUGGAACUUUAAUUAGACGUGGAAACAGACUUACGGCCAAGACUAGCGUGUCGGAGUUUGGGGAUAAGGCCAAGCUAGUGGAAGUAUUGGGUAGGGCAAAAGAUGAGCCGGAAGGUUAUUUGAACUUCUUGGGCAAAAAUUCCUUCAAAGCGUAUGCCGACGAACCACUUGAGGCUUUGGCUGUUGUUCUUCCCGCUAAGAACUCUCAAGAACCUGCUCUACUUGAUGUAUUCACAUCUUCGAAGGCUGGAUGGUUGGGAAAUGUCGCAGACAAUGUUUUCAAUUCAAUCAAGAAGGAAUAUCCUAAGCUUAUGUGGACUGUCAAGCAUGGUGAUGAGCAAUUAGGAUGGCACUUCGACAAGGCCCAGGGAAGCUUUAGUCACCACGGCAAGGUUCUCUUUUGGUAUGGGCUCGAGGGGCCGGAGCAAGUUCAGGCUUUAAUUGGGAAGUUUAUUUCCCAGGCUGAGGUUGCUGAGCCAUUGAACUCCGGGACUGUUACUGGUAUUAGGCAACAAGCCAGGGCAUUCUCCACUCUUGGAAGAUCGAAUGCAUGGUCUGCUCCCAGGCAAAAGAUCAUUGGAAGGCGUGGAUUCGCGUCUACUACUAACCCGAACCCUCCCUUGGGUAAGGGAAAUAAGACCAAUGAUAAACCUUCUAGAGUUGCUCUUAUCGGUGCCAGAGGGUACACCGGUCAGGCUUUAAUCAGCCUCAUCAACUCCCACCCGCAUCUUGAUCUUACGCAUGUUUCCUCCCGUGAAUUGGCUGGCAAGAAGUUGGAGGGGUACAACAAGGGUGACAAGGAAAUCAUAUACCAGAACUUGACUGUCGAGGAUAUCAGGAGAAUGGAGGACAACAAUGAGGUUGACUGUUGGGUGAUGGCUCUUCCUAACGGCGUCUGCAAGCCAUUUGUUGAUGCCGUUGAGGACUCUGGUAAUGGAAAGAGCGUCAUCGUGGAUUUGAGCGCAGACUACAGGUUCAAUGAUAAAUGGACUUAUGGACUGCCUGAAUUGAACGAUCGUUCGGCCCUAAGCAGUGCUACUCGAAUCUCGAACCCUGGAUGCUACGCUACUGCCGCGCAGAUAGCCAUUGCACCCCUCAUCCCAUUCCUUGGGGGUGAACCUACCGUGUUCGGAGUUUCUGGAUACUCUGGUGCUGGCACCAAACCUAGCCCAAAGAACGAUGUUAAGCAGCUCGCUGACAAUCUGAUGCCGUACUCUUUGACGGACCAUAUUCACGAGCGUGAAAUUUCUAGGCGACUGGGCGUUCCUGUUUCUUUCAUCCCACAUGUCGCUGUUUGGUUUCAAGGAAUUCAUCACACCGUUAAUAUUCCGUUGAGCAAGGAGAUGACUAGUAGAGAGAUUAGAAAUUUGUACCAAGAUAGGUAUGCCGGCGAGAAGCUUAUCAAGGUUGUCGGAGAGGCUCCCCUUGUUAAGAACAUCUCUGGAAAGCACGGGGUGGAGGUUGGUGGAUUUGGUGUUCAUUCCUCUGGCAAGAGGGUUGUUGUUUGUGCAACCAUCGAUAACCUACUCAAAGGAGCUGCGACCCAAUGCCUGCAGAACAUGAACCUUGCCCUUGGAUACAGCGAGUAUGAGGGUAUUCCCAUGGAUUGA